AUGGUUUUCACGAGCAAAAAGGUUAGAAACUAUAUACCUGAUGAUAUCACAUUCUGUAUUCUCUCAAUAUUGCCUUUGAAAUCAUUGAAACGAUUUGAAUGUGUAUCCAAGUCAUGGUCACUCUUGUUACAAAACUCUUAUUUCAUGAACAUGUUUAACAACAAUAACAAUUUGAUGUGUGUUAGUAAGGAUUAUGAUGAUACAUAUUUCAUCCUACAAUAUUCUAAAGAUGAAUACACAACUCCCUCUGAGUUUUAUUUACUACCUGGCGGAGUGUUUAAAAAUAGGGUGAAAAUCGAUUGGCCACAUCCAUUUCGAGAAAAUAAUGAUGAUAUUUAUAUUUUGGGUUCUGUUAGUAUUAAUGGUGUUUUCUGUCUCAAACAAAACUACAACGGAAAGCCUGUGCUGUGGAAUCCAACCACCGGUGAAUCUAAGGUCAUCCCUUGCAGUCGUCUUAAGUCUGCGCCAUCUUAUCAGUAUGUUGUCUGUGGAUUUGGUUAUGAUUCCUUAACAGACGACUAUAAAGUGGUUCAAUUGAUAGAUUAUCGUUUCUUAAAUAAUGAUUCUAUUGAAAAGAAAUCAUCUCACCAAGGCUCUUGGGAGUUAUAUUCUCUGAAAAACAAUUCAUGGAAAACACUUGAUAUUUCUAUAGCAAAGCAUCAUUACUAUACGCUAGCUCGAAGUAUCGGAGUGUACGUGAAAGGAGUUUCUCAUUGGUGGGGUAGAUCAUAUUAUCAAUUUGAAGUUGAAGAAUGCUUGGUAUCAUUUGAUUUUAGCAAUGAGGUUUUGUUUACCACACCAGCUCCCUCAUACUUGGACGUUAGUCCUCGUCCUUGUUGCGUUGAACACGUCGAGAAAUAUGAACACGUGGAGAAACACUUGGUGCUUUUCAAUGAGUCAAUUGCAUUGAUAUCAACUUACAUCAAGACUAGUACUUUUCAUAUUUCAAUUUUGGGGGAACUCGGUGUUAGAGAAUCAUGGACUAAACUCUAUGUUAUUAACAACCUAUCUUUCAUCCAGUAUCCCAUCGGAGUUGGGAUAAAAAACAAUAUAGUGUUCUUUAAGAAAACCGAUGGUAAACUAGCCUGCAUUGAUUUAGAUACUAAGAUGAUUGAACAGGAUCUUGGUGUUAAUCCAUGGGAUUUUGGUUGUCAAAUAGGAAAGUACAAGAAGAGUUCUCUUCAUAUAGGAGGAAUGCGUAAUUAA